GACAUCAAGCUCAACGGGACGGAUCGAGAAACACCGUGGCUACAGUUCCGCAUCACGCAGUUACUUCCUCUGGGCAACAUGACCUACCUGGAUGAAUCGGGCCACAGGUCACAGGUGCAAGUGGGGCGAUUGCUGCCCAGGGGUGUGGAGUAUAUCACCGUGGAGUUGGAUAUAGACAUCGGUGGAGGACCCUUUACUUUUAAGUAUGAGGUGUGGGAUGGCGAUAUGAAUAGCACUGAAGCCGUAGUGCCCGUUUUCUCCACCUGCGGCGGCGGUUACUAUGUCGAAGAACUGAUACACGGUGCGUAUAUCAUUAUGUUUGAGAUUGAGAUGAUUAACGAUCAUGUUCACAGUGGGAUGUAG